UUUGAUUACUUAAGGAUGAGCAGGUCUAUAGUUACAUUGCAGCUAAUGCUUAAUUAGGACCAAUAAUGACUGCAGUCAGCCCUGCCUUCUGAUUGUUAAAUGGUUUAAUAUGCUGCCUGUGUAAGAACAUUUAUUGGGAACUAUGGAGCUUUGAGUGCACACUAGCCUUUGAUCAUGGUUAUAUUCCUACCCACAGUUCUUGAUAUUCUUACUGUGUUUUAAGUACUUUGUCAUAAUUUUUUUAUUUUGUAUUUAAAACGAAAUCUUUCAGUAAAACUUUUAAAACGAAGAACCUGGACUAUAUUUUGUUGAAGCAAGCGUCAGCUACUGUAUAUGCUUGGACUCCAUUGCUCAAGUGGGCAUUUUAAAAAAAUAGAGCCACACUAACACUGAUAUUAAAUUGUGCAGAAAAGUAAUCUUAAAAACAGAAUUGUGGUGGUAAGACUGACAGAAUAAAUAUUUUAAACAAGAAUAUUUUAGUGUUCUCACUGUUUUAGUGUUGCAAAUUUUAUUUACAUUGCAGAAUAAGCACAAAUGUUUCAGCUAAUGCCUUCUCUCAUGUGCAGCCUUGGUUUUACAAGUGUUGAGUCCAAGUUUGCAGUGCGAGUAUCUGACAGUGACAUGUAAAUGUGUGGCGAGUUGUUGAAACAAAGGUUUCAUUGUGUUUGCUGUAUGUCGCAAUGUUAAAGAAAGUGGAAAAGAAUUCCUGGAUCUGCUCCCGAUCUGAAUCGCACCAAAAUGUAAUGUUUUUUUUCCCUGACCUGUACUCCAGCCUUCCACAAAGUUUAAUGGGAAUCCGUUCUGUUGUCACAUAUCACAGAGUCUUAAACCACCAGAGACACCAAACAACCACAAAGUGACACAAACUACAAAAAGAGGAAAAUUAAAUAAAAUCACAAAGCCACAUCAAAUAGACACAAUACUCCACAAAGAGACAAGAGAGACCAUAAAGACACAAAACCACCACACAGACUGUGGAGAUCCUUUAGGUGGAGGUUGGAGGCCAUUUUUUUUUACGAUUAAACGUGAUACACUGUGACACACAAAACAGCGUUAGAAGGACAAAGAAAAUGUGGGAGGUAGAAAUGUACUAUUGUAAUACUUCAGUAUCCUCUACACUUGUAACACACAUGUACAAAUUACUGCUGGAAAAUGAAUAUGAAAUGAAAACAAUAGCCAUGAAAUUCACUAUCUCCAUUGAAUGUGUUGUAUUCUGAUCAGCUCUAUACAAACGCAUUAUAUUACAGUCAAAGCUCCUGUCCAAAGUCCACCAUGUUUAAAAUCUAAUCUAAAGAUAGUGAAUUUGAUUUGAAUACAAUGAUUUGAAUAAAGGCACCUCUGUACACUUAUCGUUAUUACCCAGUCCAUAGUGUGCAGCAAUGAGCAGGACUGCGGACUGGUGCCAGGACUCUCUGCAUUACGUGUUUGAUUAUGAAACACCUAAAACUCUGGUUAUUCCACACUUCGGGGUGGGAUGUGUGUUCAGGCUCACCCAGCUCCUGGUGGUGCUGUAUGUGGUGGGGUAUGUGUGUGUAGUGCAGAAAGCCUACCAGGAGACAGACUCUGUCAUCAGUAGUGUCACCACCAAAGUGAAAGGUUUUGCCUUCACCAACACGUCUGACAUGGAUCCUCUUUUCUGGGAUGUGGCUGACUAUGUAAUCCCUCCUCAGGGUGACCACUCCUUCUUCGUGUUGACGAAUAUGGUCAUGACCUCAAAACAAAUGCAAACACGUUGUCCUGAGCUUCCAGGUCCAUCAACGACCUGCGUGGAUGAUUGUGACUGUACCGUGGGACUCAGUGAUCCUCGGGGGAGCGGUAUACAAACAGGACUAUGUGUCAACUAUUCCUCAACUGUCCAGACGUGUGAAGUGCUCUCAUGGUGUCCUCUUGAAAUAGACACUAAACUGCCUGAGCGUGCCCUGCUGGCUGCAGCAGAGAACUUCACCGUGUUGAUCAAAAACAGCAUAACAUACCCCAAGUUCAAAUUUCACAGAAGAAACAUUCUGCCACACAUCAACUCCUCGUACCUGAAGAGGUGUGAGUUCAGUCAUUCAACAGACCCUGACUGCCCCAUAUUCCGCCUCAAACACAUUGUGUCAGAGGCUGGAGAGGAUUUUCAAGACGUGGCUCUGAAGGGUGGUGUCAUUGGUAUUAUUAUUGACUGGAGCUGUGACCUGGACUUUUGGGCAGGGAAGUGUUACCCCAAGUACAGCUUCCACAGACUAGAUGACAAACACCCUGUCAGAAAUGUGGCCCCUGGAUACAACUUCAGGUUUGCCAAAUAUUACAAAACCCCAGAUGGAGAGGACACCAGGACCUUAAUUAAAGCAUAUGGGAUCCGGUUUGACGUCAUUGUAUUUGGAACAGCUGGAAAAUUUGGAAUUGUUCCGACUAUAGUGAACUUGGGUGCGGCCUUGUCCUUCCUCAGUUUGGUUCCCAUGGUUUGUGACUGGUUCAUGUUGACAUGCACGAAGAAAAGAGAUCUUUACAGUCGACAUAAAAUCACACAUCUGAGUGAUGAUGCUGAGGCUGAAUCAAUGUCAAUGGGCACCACCUACGGAACUCAGUAACUUCAACAUGGGGACGUUGUUCUGCAGCAUAAUCCAAACCUGCCUUAAAUCACAACUGUCUUCAUCAUCAUAUGAGUUCUUAAAUAAAACUGGGAGAGAUGUGACUAAG